UUUUCCCCUACCACCUCCUCCUCCUCUCCCGUCGCAUCCCACCCUUCCUCUCUCCCUCCCCCGCGUCCAGAUCCAAGCGGCGGGCGAUCCAGGGCGAGCGUCGCGGUCGCCCCCCGUCUCCGUCCGGCAUGAAUCCCGAGUACGACUACCUUUUCAAACUUCUGCUCAUUGGUGAUUCUGGUGUUGGAAAAUCAUGUUUGCUUCUCAGAUUUGCGGAUGACUCAUAUUUGGACAGCUACAUCAGCACAAUUGGAGUUGAUUUUAAAAUACGGACGGUAGAGCAGGAUGGGAAGACAAUCAAGCUUCAAAUUUGGGAUACUGCUGGGCAAGAACGUUUCAGGACAAUUACAAGCAGUUAUUACCGGGGUGCUCAUGGAAUUAUUAUUGUCUAUGACGUGACAGACCAAGAAAGCUUCAACAAUGUUAAGCAGUGGUUGAAUGAAAUUGACCGUUAUGCAAGUGACAAUGUUAACAAGCUUCUUGUUGGGAACAAGAGCGAUCUAACUGCCAACAAAGUUGUGUCAUCUGAAACAGCUAAGGCAUUUGCUGAUGAGAUGGGCAUCCCAUUCAUGGAGACAAGUGCCAAGAACGCCACUAAUGUGGAGCAGGCCUUCAUGGCUAUGGCCGCAUCCAUCAAGGACAGGAUGGCUAGCCAACCAGCCGCAGCAAAUGCAAGGCCACCGACCGUGCAGAUCCGCGGGCAACCUGUCAACCAGAAAUCGUCAUGCUGCUCGUCCUAAAGAUAUUCUUUCCUUAUAUGUAAAACUCGACGCACGUUACUACUGUUUGCUCACUGCAACUUAUUUGUUAUAUUCAUUUGAACGCCCUUGAUAGCAUCUUUUCUUUAAUCAGAUGGUUAGGGAGCUGCAAAUAUAUAUAUGUAACUUUGCUGUGUUGCUCUUUCCUCACGACACAAGAGUAGCAAGCAGAACCAGUGUAUUUGAUUCUUUUUACGCUUACAUUCUGUCCUUUUUCUCGUGUUCCA